AUGAGCAUAGAGACACGCACGGAGGGACUGGUUUACAGCGUACAGAGCAAUAAGAAAGGAGACUUGGUCUCAGCUGGUGCAGAGGAUGGAACAAUCACAUUAUACAAAAUAGAUGAAAAUGGGAGUACCCCAAUACAGAAACUGUCUUAUAAUACAUCGCCAAUAUUCAGCACCGUAUUCAUUGAGGAGAGGUUAGUCGGUGCUACACACGAUGGACACCUUUUAGUAUGGAAACAGUCACAGUCAGAGUACGUAUUUGAAUCGGUCAUAACCGUAUUCCAAGGGUGUAUUAAUACGAUCGUAGAGUGUAAAGGGACUGUUUUAUGCGGGUGCUCAGACGGCCGUGUAAGGAAGGUUUCUUUAACAGGGGAAGUAACCUUAGAGUCACUUAUACAUAAGCACGGUGUAACUAGUCUUGCCGUAUACAAUGACUAUAUAAUUAGUGGUGGGAUGGACUCCUCAAUAAAAAUACUUAAUAAUGAAGACCUGGCCAUACUCCAUGACAUAAAGGAGCAUACGAAACCUGUCCGUGACUGUAAGGUGUGUGAUAAUGAAUUUGACUCGUUCGUGUUUGCUAGUUGCUCAGAUGACGGUACGCUUUGCAUAUUCACUGAGGAGAAGGACGAGAAGUUAAAGUUCUCUGUUGACAGGCAUAAAAUAGGCACCCCGUGCAGGAAACUCUCAUGGACACCUUUAGGGUACGCACUAGCAGUGGGGUACGGCAAGAGUGAUGUAAAAGUGUACAUCCCAGAGUCACCUAAUAAAUGGAAGGAGACUCCGAUCGUACUGCCGUAAUAAGCCUUGUUAUAAUGCAUUAUAAUAGGAGGGUCUGAUCGUACUUGUACUACCGUAAUAAUGCAUUAAUGCCUUGUUACUCCGAUCGUACUGCUGUAAUAAGCCUUGUAAUAAUGCCUUGUUAUAAUGCCUUGUUGGUCCGAUCGUACUUGUACUGCUGUAAUAAUGCCUUGUUGGUCCGAUCGUACUCGUACUACCGUAAUAAUGCAUUAAUGCCUUGUUGGUCCGAUCGUACUGCUGUAAUAAUGCAUUGUUAUAAUAAGGUCCGGUCGUACUCGUACUGCUGUAAUAAGCCUUGUUAUAAUAAUAGGAUCCGAUCGUACUGCUGUUAUAAUGCAUUAUAAUAGGAUCUGAUUGUACUGCCGUAAUAAUGCCUUGUUACUCCGAUCGUACUGCCUUGUUGGUCCGGUCGUACUUGUACUGCUGUAAUAAAGCUAUAUUGUAUCUGGU